AUGGCUAGAAAUUUUGAUGAUAUGUUUAAUGAGGUUUUGUAUGGCAAAAGAAGACGGCAAGAUAAUACACUCAUAGAUCAUUGGAUUGGUGAGUGUUUAUUCAAAGAUUCAGAAGAAGAAGAUACCGAUAGAAGCUCUAUCCCAACUCCUCGUACAUGGAUCAACAGAGAUCGAGAAGCAGGACAAGAUCGCCUUUUUCAAGAUUACUUUGCAGAUGAACCGGUGUAUAAUGCUGACAUUUUUCGACGGAGAUUUCGAAUGAGAAGACAUGUGUUCCUUCGGAUAGUAGACGCUCUCUCAAACGUCUAUCCGUAUUUCCAACAGAGGGUUGAUGCAAAUGGCAUAGCAACUGAUGCUGCUUAUGAUUAUGUGCAUAUAGGCGAGAGCACUACAAUUGAAUGCUUGAAAAAAUUUGUUGAAGGUGUCAUUUCGGUGUUCGAGGAUGAAUACUUGCGAAAAUCAUAUCUAAAUGAUGUACAACGCCUGCUACAAAUGGCGGAGGGUCGUGGCUUUCGUGGCAUGUUGGGUAGCACUGACUACAUGCAUUGGCAAUGGAAAAAUUGUCCAAAGGCGUGGAAAACAGAUGGUAUUUAUCCUGAAUGGGUCACAUUUGUCAAAUCAAUCUCAAAGCCACAAGGGGAGAAAUGCAAGUUAUUUGCACAAUAUCAAGAAGGGCAAAGAAAAGAUGUGGAACGAGCAUUUGGAGUGUUGCAAGCACGCUUUGUAAUUAUACGUGGUCCAGCUCGCUUUUGGAAAAAGAAGAAGUUUGCCAACAUAAUGAAAGCUUGUAUUAUAUUGCAUAAUAUGAUUGUUGAUGAUGAAAGAGACACUUAUGUAGAAAAUUUUGCUCAAGACUUAUAG